CAGCUGAUCUUCUUCCUUCUCAGUCCUUCCCCUUUUCUCUCUCUCUCUCUCUCUCUCUCUCUCUCUCCAUAGAUCUGAAAAACUAAGCCAGGGUAUUCCUGGCGGAGGAAAGAACCCGAGUGGUUGCUUCUGUUCUUGCUAGAGUGUCACUGUCAAGAAGUUCUAAAAAUUGUCAACUGACGAGCUAAGAAAGCCCUUUUCAUAUCAUCAGUCGGAAUCAUCUUUUCGUUCGCGGCAGUUUCUCCCGUCAUUGUUGCUUUCAGGAAAGCUUAGUAGCUGGAGACUAAGUUUUUAGCUACAGAGCCUCAGAAUUGCUGAAUGCCGCCCUAUCAUAAGCAACAAACGGUGAUAUCAGUGAUUUGCUUAGUAUUUGGUUAAAAAGGUUUGAAAUUUGUAUUGUUUGGGGCUUAUUGCGAGUUUUCUACUGCAUGAGAAGUUGGCAUGGAUGAUAUUAGCGGAAAAGGGGAUGUCCAUGGAAAUUUGCCGGGGCUGAAUUUGAUACGUGGUCCUGGAAGCUUGAAAACCUCUCUUUCCGGUAGAUCUGGUGCCAGGAACUCACCUUCUUUCCGAAGGUUGCAAUCCAGUAGAACUCCCAGGCGAGAUUUGAGAUCUGGCUCCGGAAGUCUGCAGUGGAUCAGGAGCAAUCGAGUGGUAUUUUGGUUGUUGUUGAUUACUAUGUGGGCUUAUAUUGGGUUUCAUGUGCAGUCGAGGUGGGCUCAUAGUGACCACAGUAAGAAAGAAUUUGUUGGUUACAAGGGUGAGGCUGUCGGUGUUAAAAAUCAGGAAGAUGCAGCAAAAGAAUUAAAUUCUCUUGGAUCCAAACCCCAAAAUUUGGUUGUGAAGGAACCAACAAUUGUUAAAAACAAGAAAAUUUCUGAUUCAAGUGAUUCUAAGUUACCUGUAAGAAGUAUUUCAAGGAUAGUAAAGAGUUCUUCCAGAAAAAGAGGCAGAAGGAUGCUAAAGAAGGUGACACCAAAGACUCCCGCGGUGGUGGUGGAGAAUACAGAGAAUGAGUCGGACGAUGCUAUUAUUCCAAAAAGAAACACUUCAUUUGGAUUGAUGGUUGGGCCAUUUGGGGAUGUUGAGGACAAAAUUUUGGAGUGGACUCCUGAAAAACGCAAAGGAACAUGUGAUAGAAAAGGAAGAUUUGCAAAGAUUGUCUGGUCACGUACAAUCAUAUUGAUUUUUCAUGAGCUCUCAAUGACAGGUGCUCCACUAUCAAUGAUGGAACUGGCUACAGAGCUUUUGAGCUGUGGGGCAUAUGUGAAGGUUGUGGUUCUUAGCAAGAAAGGUGGCUUGAUGAGUGAACUUGAUAGGAGGGGCAUCAGUAUACUUGAAGACAAAGGGGAGAUUAGCUUCAAGGCUGCCAUGAAAGCAGACCUUGUUAUAGCAGGAUCAGCUGUCAGUUCAUCCUGGAUUGAGCAGUAUCUUAGACGUAAUCCUGCUGGAUCAAACCAACUUGUCUGGUGGAUCAUGGAGAAUCGACAAGAAUACUUCAACCGAUCAAAGCAUAUGCUUAGCCAAGUGAAAAUGCUGACCUUCUUGUCCGAUAUACAGUCCAAUCAAUGGUUAUCUUGGUGCAAAGAGGAAAAUAUUAAGUUGAAAUCACAGCCUAUGGUGGUGCCUCUUUCUGUUAAUGAUGAAUUGGCAUUUGCUGCAGGCAUUCCUUGCUCCUUAAAUACACCUGCUUUCAGUACUGAGAAGAUGAUGGGGAAGAGGGACCUCUUGAGAAUUGAAGUUCGUAAAGAGAUGGGUUUGUCUGAUAACGACAUGCUUGUAAUGACUUUGAGCAGUAUAAACCCUGCUAAGGGUCAGCUGUUGCUUGUUGAAGCUGCUCAUUUAGUUGCUGAGAGAAAUGUUUCUCAGCGAGAUCCCAUAGUAAUAGAGAAAGAAUUUUCACUUGAUUCUAAUCAGAACCAAGGCACCGUGAAUAAUGUGCUAGGGGCUGGGAAACUGGAUUUGGAAGCUAACCUAACUGACUCUAAAGUAGAAGCUAAACGGAAACCUACCAAUGGAGCUUCGAAGAAGAGAAGGAGAAAACGCUCUAGAUCAAAUGGACUCUCCUUGCGCAAUGACAGUGAGACUGCAAAACAGGAUCAGCGUAAGUUGAGGCGUUUAUUAGCUGACAAAACUGGCGCUGAAGAACAAAGUCUCAAGAUUCUAAUUGGAUCAGUUGGAUCAAAAAGCAACAAAGUCCCUUAUGUUAAAGGACUUCUGAGAUUUCUUUCUCAGACUUCGAACAUGUCAAAUUUUGUCUUGUGGACUCGAGCAACCACUCGAGUUGCCUCACUGUAUGCUGCGGCAGAUGUUUAUAUAAUUAAUUCCCAGGGAGUUGGAGAAACAUUUGGAAGGGUUACAAUUGAGGCUAUGGCAUUUGGUUUGCCGGUCCUUGGAACGGACGCAGGAGGCACCAGGGAGAUUGUUGAGGACAAGGUAACUGGCCUCCUUCAUCCCCUUGGUCAUGAAGGAACAUAUAAUCUUGCACAGAAUAUCCAGUAUUUCCUGAACAAUCCUUCAGUGAGGAAGAAGAUGGGAUUGCAUGGAAGACAAAAAGUGCAAAAGAAAUACCUGAAGCAUCACACCUACAGCAAAUUAGCUGAGGUCUUCAUCAAGUGCAUGAAGGUCAAAUAAUAGUUUCAUUUGUGAUCAGUUUCUUUCCUUGGAUUGGAAUUUGUGAUGCAUCAGUGAGUUCUUUAGCCAUGGCUGGCAGAUUAUAUGUUCUCUCUGCUAGUUUUGCCUGUUCUGAUGCGUCUGGAAAGUUCUGGAAGAGUUGAUUUUAUCAUUUUAUGAGAAUGUAAAAUGGUAAUGCUUAAGCUAUUUGAACAUGAUAUACUUUGAUAGGAAUAAAAGAUGGGGUUGAUUGAUUUAUGUUCUGUAGCCAUGAUUGGACUGGAAGAAAGUGUUCUUAGUGAAGUUUGCAUACUAAAUAGAAAGUUUUUCAAUGGUCCCUCA